AUGGAUAAAGGUGGUCCUGAUGGCCCUGGGCCAAUGCGCCAAAACCCCACGGCACAAAGGCUAGCAGAAGUGAUGGCGGCAUGGGUGCCUGCCUCACAGGAGGGCAUCUAUCAUCGAUAUCUGCAGUCACUCUCGCCGGAUUAUGACCAUCUGCUGACAUUUUCACGAAACGAUCGGAUAUGGCGCUUUUCCCACGUCCCGCCUCACCGGCGUGGCUAUCAUUCUGAAAUAUCCACUCUCGCCUCGCCGAUACAUAUUCUUGAUAUGAGCGAAGUAGUUGCUACCGAUCAAAAGUACGAUGGAACAGACCUGGCUUCCAUGAAAAUCAUGAAGGAUUUGUUUGCCAGGUCUCCACCCCGCAUCGUUUGUGCCCAGCACCUCACUUGCUUGAGCAUGGAAGCAUUGGGAUCCGGGCUCUCAAUGGACCCUAACGUGCUCAGCCACCAUAUUGGGAUGUCGUUCAAGGGAAUCGAGCAAACCACAGGCCUUGAGACAAUAGGGACCUCAAAGACCAAAACCGAAGAUAUUCACACUUCAAUUGGAGUAUAUGAGAGAGAAAGAAACCUGCAAAUUGUCAAAGCCGGACUGGGGCCGUUUCAAUUCGCAAAUGUGGACCAUGCGAAAGACCUCACCCUCCGUGAUUCGGUCUCAAGAACCAUAAUUACUCCGUACUGUGACCCACUGACGAUUUCCAUCGACAUACCGCGGACAAUAUAUGUACAAGGGUAUCAGGACCAGAACGCCGGAGCAAGCGCCAUCAAAUCUUUGAGAACAGAAUCUUUGGGGCUGCAAGACGUCGUAUUGAACCGCCGCAUUGCUCGACAGAGAUUUGCAGACAAUGAUUUCAUAUGCGACCAGGGUGAAAAGUACACACAAAAUGGCUUGGAUAUCCUCCAGCAUGUCACGAUUCACGUCACAGAAAGCCAAGUCCUGGUUCUAUUUCCUCCGUAUCCCGAGUUUCCGGAACAGGACGGCGAUAACGAUCCUUGGAUUUUCCUUGAUCCCUUGUCCCUAAGGGAUAGUACGAAAACAUUCCGGGAGUUCUGUGAGACCCAUGACGGCAAUGUCAAUGAGAGAGCAGAGCAAGCCAGUUGCAACAACCAGACACGAGUUUACGAUGUGGAUGUAUUCGCCAAAGAUAUUUCGGAAAGCUACUGCCAGGGUUGGAGCCGUGCCAAUUAUCUCGACAAGACCACUCCUAUGAGGGCACACGUUGUCUACCUUGUGCGGUGGUAUGCUAUCAACGCAUGGUUCAAUCGCCUGCAAAGUUUGGAAUCUCAGCUUCAUGACCUCAGUUCUGACUUGCUACAAAUAAUCUAUGAAGAUGAAACCAACAGACAACAACUUGAAAAAAGGUCCCAAAACAGCUUUAUCCAGACAUAUGGAAGAGAGAUCAUAGAUGCUAUCCAUCGCUACAUUACCUCGCUGGAUCUCGAAUGUGAUCGAUUGGAAAACGAACACGAAGAAUUGGCUUCCACUAACGAUAAUUUUCACCGGACACAAGUGAGGCAGGUGUGGAAGGAAUAUUGUUUUAUUAGAACUCGAAUGCGUCAUCUGCUCAAUCAAGCACAGAGUCUAUUUGAAAGAAAGGCAACUGAGAUUCAAGUCUCCCAGGAAAGUAUGGAUUCCACCCGAAGCCACACCGGAAGAAGCCAUUCCGAAGUGAGCCAACAAUCAGACACAGAUGAUGACAUGGUGAAGGAUGAAAAUAGUGAUUUUUGA